UUUAUAUGAGGCACAGGGAGCUAACGCUCAUAACGUACGUAGUCCCUGCGACUUUGCUAAAGCUUCUUUCCAACAACAGCUGAUAUUACUGGUGUCCAGCCAUGGGGAAGUCGUUUGCGAAUUUCAUGUGUAAGAAGGAUUUUCAUCCUGCUUCGAAGUCAAAUAUUAAAAAGGUGAGUGCUAUCUAUGGUUAGCUUGAGUUCGCCGAGAGCGUUGAAGUAGCCUGUUAGCUAGCGAGUGGUGUUUGCUAACUGAGGACUGCUCGGUUUGGUCGCUCAGGUUACUUUCUGUCUGAGAAACUAACUUAUUGCGGAUUGUUUUAAUUUAUGAAUCAGUUGUGUGUCGAAGGGGAUAGUCUUCAGCCUUUUGUGGCGAUUUACAGUACAUGAAGCUACCGUUAAGUGUUGCAGUUGUACUCAAUGUUUUGAUAAACGUAUCCCAAUGCAAGAAAACACUCUCUUCUGGUAUGAAGCAGGUCAAAACUAUAUGUCCUAAAGCUCUGUAAUAGCUCUAUGCACGCAACAUUUGAAGCGUAUUAUAUUUAAAAGAGCAUUACAACAAUGUUUGCAAGCUGGUGUCAGUUCAGAUACUAAUUUCAGAUAUAAGUCUAGCCACAGAGAAGCUGAACCCAGUGAAUGCGUUUUGUUUUUCUUAUGUUUUGUUUUAUAUAUCUGAGUGAAAAUGAUAACCAUGCUCUAACUUGUAGCUGUUAGAGGUGCAAAGGGAUAUAUCUAAGUUAGAGCAAAGUGACUCUGGAAGUACAUGUGUGUCACUUUUCUUUUUAACUUACAGGUAUGGAUAGCAGAGCAGAAACUGACCUUCGAAAAGACCAAGCAGGAGGAGCUGAUGCAGGCCUACCUGAAAGAGCAGGAGAAUUACAACAACAGGUGAGAUGACUAAUGCAGAACAAAAUGACUCAACACUAAUAAAACUACUUACUUCAUUAAACUUUUACUCUUAUGCUACCUUGUUUUAGGGUAUUUCCUAUCAAAAAAAGCCUCUUUCUGUUUAAGACAUUUGAAAGAACUAUUCUAAUGUUGAACACAUUGCUUUCUCACCUCUAGGUUGUUGAUGGGGGAUGAUCGUGUUAAAAAUGGCCUCAAUUUUAUGUACGAGGCUCCACCUGGAGCAUCAAAAGGUAAAUCUGAGCCCUGCUUGGUUAUCAUAGGGCCAAUAUCACACACUUUAAUCAACAGUAUUUUAAUCCUAUCUUUUUUCAUUUGUUUGUGUUUUAUCUUCUCUACUGAAGAGGAAAAGAAAGAGGUGAGUGAGAGAAAACUGCAAACAAAUAUAGUUUAACAACUAUGCGUUAGAAUUGUGCACAUAUGUGGUCUGCUUUUUCAACUGUGUCUGUUUUCCAGGACGGGGAAGAAGAGUACAAAUUUGAGUGGCAGAAGGGGGCUCCUCGAGAAAAGUGAGGGUUUGAUUUUUGCACACACUUGAAUUGUAUUUACCUAUUUUUCAGUGGUUCUUCUUGAGUUAACAGUAUCUUCAUUGACCAGUAAUUCUCUCUUGUAGGUAUGCAAAGGAUGACAUGAAUAUUAGAGAUCAGCCAUUUGGAAUCCAGGUGUGUGGUCAUUGUUUUUUAUUUAACAGAAAUAAUUACGAUUUCUUCUGGUCCCUUUGAGUCUUACAUAUGGAACUGAAAAUAACACAGUUUGUCCCAUAGACUGUAUAUAGAAUGGACGCCAUCUACCUCCUCUCUGGGUGAAGCCAUUCCGAGAACAGCACCCUCUGUUGAUGGGUUGCAGAAUAGCUCAUAAAUCCUGCCUCUCCCAGCAAAGCUUAUGGAGCUGUGGACAAACUUUAGAAAUUUAUUACACAGAACAUAAAUUUUUCUCCCCCCUGGUUGUGAUGUUGACAUGUAGUUACUCUAAGACUGGUUUGUGCUCAAGUCCUCUUUUUUUCUGUGAAGCUCCACUUUUAAAAGUUAUUAGGGGGUUUAUGUUUUCUUUGAUUGACACCUGAUACAGCCUAUUGGCAUACAGAGAUUGCCUAGCUCACCCAGGGGAUACGCUGUGUGAGCCGAGCAUCAUCACAGCAACUCUCUCUCCCGCCGAAUGCGCACAACGCUACUGCGCAGUGCUUGUGUCAGGAAAUGAAGAAAAAUCGCAGAAAUACCGAGAGCUUUUUGGCUUCAAAUCCGUAUACAGGCGGGAGGCGGAACCAAGUUGUCCAUAAUAUAUACAGUCUAUAUUUUGUCCUCAAAUCCUGUAACACAUGUCUACACUCAAACGUUAGACAGUGACUAGUAUUGGUACUUAGGUGGCCAGCAGUUGAAUAGAUUAUGGAAACACUAGUUUUCAAAUGUAAAACAACAGCUCGUGAGUUCAGAGUCAACUAAUCACUUUGAUUGGAUGUUUAUUUACCAGUGGCAGUGUGUGGUUUCGCUUUGACUGGUUUGUAUAAACGAUUCUAUAAAAUGCACUUUUUAUCAAUUCUUCAGGUGCGCAACGUGAGAUGCAUCAAAUGUCACAAAUGGGGCCACGUGAACACAGACAGAGAGUGUCCUCUGUAUGGGCUGUCAGGAAUCAACGCCAGCUCUGUGGCCACAGAGGAGGCAGCAGGUAGAGUCCAUACAGCAACCUCCCAAAACAAACAUCAUUUUACACAUUUCCUCCUGCUGUUCUCUGUGUUCAGAUUUUACCAGUGUAAUAACAUACAAACAAGAAACAACUUUGUACACAGAUAAUAAUGGGAUUUUUAUGAAGCAAAGAUAAAGAUAUGAGCUGUCGUCUCAUAUAUCCUAUUUGAUUGUUAGUAGAUGAGACAAGAGAUUCUCUAGUUUGUUUUGAAAUUUUCAUCCCAUUUUUAAAAAAAUGUUCCCCUUCCAGUUUUUCCCAAUUUUUUUAAGGGGGGGAAAAAAUAAACAUUUGAGGCUCAAUUUGGAUCUUUUGUUUUAGUGAUAUAAAUGUAUAGUUUAACAUCUUUCUGUCAUUUAAUGACAAGAAACUGAUGAUUAACAGACAGAAAAUAAGCAUGUAAUUCCAUGUAUAUCUAUUCUUGGUGCUUUAAUAGAUGUCAAAUGAGUGAUGGUAAGAAGUUGGAUGAUUCAUAUAAAGAUAUUAUUGGAUGUUCUACCCGCUGAAAAAAAUGAUACACCUCUGUUAACAUGAUUUGAUUUUUAUUUCAUACUGGAAAAGUGUGUUCACAGUAGGGAACAGGAAUAUCAGUGCAGCUUGCUAUUUGUAGCCAAUAUUUUAGCUGCAGUCUUUCACAGAGUUGACUGCAGCUACACCUACUGUAUCUCUCCUCCCGGGGUUUCAGCUGGAGCUUGUGGGCUCGAGCAGAUUUCAGAGUUCUGCAAUCAGCGAGUGGAGUUGUAGAGUAAUAAUGUUUACCCUGGGAGAGUCCAGUCAGUGCAUGGUGUUGAUGGUGGAGUGCCGUAAUGGUCCCCCUCCUGUGCUGGGAGAAAAAAAUGUAAUUAUUGUGUAUUCUGAUUCCCCUAACUGCUGCUUUGGCAGAGAAUGAUAUUGUAUGAUUUGCUCAGCCGGAAGUGGAGUGAGUUGAUUUGAUGUCCCAUUCUGUUAACAAAGCCGCCCCUGAAAUUCCCACUGUGGAGAUAGUGGUUGGCAUGGCUUUGACAUCAAUGGGACUCUGAGGCUGUGAUUUGUGCUAACAGGUCCGUCGAUGCACCCCUCCGAGUUAAUGGCGGAGAUGCGAAACAGUGGGUUUGCCUUGAAAAAAUGUGUCCUUGGUAGGAAUGCUACGGUUUGUGAUCCAGCGCAGGUAAUUGUCUGUCUCUCACUCCCAUCUUUGCACACAUAGGACGAUGUAAACGUCCACACAUACACCCUCAGUAGAAAUUCCUGAUACAUCAAUGACAUACACAUAUCCCAGAAAGGAGCCAGUUAUUCUUAUAUUCAGGUCAGCUGAACGGUUUAAAUUUAUUGUUAAGAUCUUAAACUGAUGUAAUCAAACAGAUUUAGUCUUUUAGAGUCUUAUGUGUCUGCCGGUGACCUUGUGCUGAGAAUGUAAAUGUUAAUGACACACAAUGUAUGCUUGUAGGAUUUCGUUGCCAGUGAGGAGGAGGAGGAUCCUGAGGUUGAAUUUCUCAAGUCAUUAACCACCAAACAAAAACAGAAGCUCCUCAGGUAAAAAUAUAUUAAUACACAUUUUGACUGUUUAAGCUUUAAAAAGAACUUUUGCGUUUUGAAAAUUAUGUUAAAAUUAAUUAUAUUUUAAAACAUAUUUUAAAUCAUGCAAUGCCGAUGAAGAAAAUUGAGUUAUUCAUACAUAUAAGAUUAAAAAAAUUGAUUUAAUUCAUAACAUCUUAGUGUAUGCGUGAAGUUUUAUUUUUGAUCUUUUGUAAUUGUGCAUAUUUAGUAUUUUGAUUAGUUAAUGUUCAUUAAUGCUUGUUAGGUUUUCAAAAAAAAAAUCUGACGAAAUACAUAAACAAUGAAUUACAGUUUAUAUACUUUUUCAAAUAUUUCAUAUGUAUUUUUACUCUAUUAUGUACGCUGCAUCAUUUCAUUUUGUUUUUACUUUUUUUAAAGACACAUCACAUCCAUUUACAUUAAGAUCCUAAGCUCCUUCUCUUACCUUUUAAAUGGACCAUGGACUUGAUUAUUUAAAAACUAUAUUGCAGGAUAUUUACUUAUUAUUUGGGACUGUAUUUCGCAGGAAACUUGACCGCCUGGAAAAGAAAAAGGGGAAGAAGAAGAAGAGCAAAAAGCAGAAGAAGAAGAGCAAAAGGAAACACAAGAAAAAACAUGAAAGUAGCGACAGCUCAAGUGACUCCUCCAGUAGUAGCCACAGCAGUAGUGAUAGUGACAGUGGCUCUGAUUCAGACAGCCAGGGCAAGUUCAAGAGCCAGAAGAGAAAGAGGAACAAGAAAAAAGAUUCCUGUCGGGAUAACAGCUCGAGGAGCGAGCAUCAAGUCAAGAGUCAGAAAAGGGCCUCCUCUCACAGGAGCAGGUCAGCAAGCCCUCACACCAGACAGAAGCGGCCUGAAGAGGAGUCAGCAGAUUAUAGACAAACAAGGACAGAGAGGGGAAGGAGCAGGAGCCCGGAGAACAGAGUGAAACUGGAGGGAGGUCAAGAGAGAAAGAGACACAGCAGCAGGGACAGGCAGAGACCGGGCAGCUCCAAGUCCGGUCUGGACAGAAGUAGGAGCCGCGAGAGAGGCAGGGAGGACAGAGGUAAAGACGGGCGACGCAGCGGAGAUGGGGAGAGGAACAGAAGUAGCACAGAUGGAAGGAGAGGCAGAACAGCGGAUGGGAGGAGUAGAAGCAGAGAGAGAAGGAAGGACAGGGAGGGCAGGGGAAGGAGCAGGGAGAGGAGAGAGAGGAGUCAAGACAGAGUCAAAAGAAAACACUGAUCAUGUUCCCUCUUUGCAGUUUUCAACAGAACUUGAAAACAUUUAAAGUAUUUUCUCCUCAAAUAUCUGUCCCUCAUUGUUCAGUCCCUCCACUUAAAACUGCAGAACUGUGUGCUCGUCUCCUUCUUGUCCAGCAGAGGGAAGCAGUUGACAGGAAAUGUAGCAGUAUAGCAGCUCCUCGCUCCCCUGUUUUGUCUUUGACUAAAUGAAGGAAUCUAAAGUGAGGGAUUAACAUUGGUGGCAUUUUGAGGCUGUGGUCUGUUAAAUGAAAAAUAUCAGUGUCAUUUUAACAGACUCUUUCAUCGCUGUACGUUUUUUUCUCAACUACUUGUGAUUUUUAUUUGGUAAAUAUCUACACUGUUGGCUGUCAUGCUUGUAUAGCUGAAAAAAUGUUACUUUAAAUUUCCUCAUUAAAUUUUUAAUCUUGAAAAAAA